AUGUCCUGUGAUAGUGGAGAAACUGUUGGGUACCCCAUGGAUAACCGCUGUGGAGAGGAACAAGGCUCCACUUUUCAGCUGAGCAACAUGAAUGGAAAUAGGAAAUCUGCAGCAUUGCUGGGAGCCAGGGGGAACUUAAGCAGCAUGCAGUAUUCUUCCGUGGCGCUGGAUCCAGAAACCUCCAUGAAUAAUGGCUCCAGGAUUCCCCAGAACCCCGAGGAAGGCACAAAGGCUGCAGCCUUGGCGGAAGGCGAGGCCGGCAGGGCCCGCACCGUGGAGUGUUUCCGUGGCCGCUAUUUAACUAAAACCAGCACUCAGGGAGACGUCUACAACUUCCUGGAGAGGCCCAGUGGAUGGAAGUGUUUUAUCUAUCAUUUUGCUGUAUUUCUCUUGGUGCUGAUAUGUUUAAUAUUCAGUGUACUGUCUACUAUAGAGCAUUAUUCUGAAUUUGCCACUGGAACCCUUUUCUGGAUGGAAAUAGUCCUGGUUGUGUUUUUCGGUGCUGAAUAUUUGGUCCGGCUGUGGUCUGCAGGCUGCAGGAGUAAAUAUGUUGGCUUCCAGGGAAGAAUCCGGUUUGCCAGAAAGCCAAUAUCGAUCAUCGAUCUCAUUGUGGUAGUAGCCUCAAUUAUUGUUCUGAGCAUAGGAUCUAAUGGACAGGUGUUUGCUACCUCUGCAAUAAGGGGCAUCCGAUUUCUCCAGAUACUUCGCAUGCUCCAUGUGGAUCGACAGGGAGGCACCUGGAGACUUUUGGGAUCAGUUGUUUUCAUACAUCGUCAGGAGCUCAUAACCACGUUGUACAUUGGAUUCUUGGGGUUAAUUUUUUCAUCCUAUUUUGUUUAUCUUGCUGAGAAGGAUGCAGUUGAUGAAGAUGGAAAGACAGGUUUCUCCAGCUAUGCUGAUGCCCUUUGGUGGGGUGUGGUAACUGUCACGACAAUUGGUUAUGGAGACAAAGUUCCCCAGACGUGGAUUGGGAAGACAAUAGCUUCCUGUUUUUCAGUAUUUGCUAUCUCUUUCUUUGCUCUGCCAGCGGGUAUUUUGGGGUCUGGUUUUGCCCUGAAAGUACAGCAAAAGCAACGUCAGAAGCAUUUCAACAGACAAAUCCCAGCUGCAGCUUCCCUAAUUCAGACCCUGUGGCGGUGCUACGCAGCAGAGAAAUCCUGCACUUCCACAGCGACGUGGAGGAUCUAUGUUACACCCCCAGCGCAAAAUCCCAAAAAGGCAGCAGCGCCAUCUAGCCCUGGUCUGAGAAAACAGGCUAGAAGAUACAAAAGAAAAGGGAAGCUAGGAUGUGGUAAUGGUUCUGCACCUGCAAUAAACCCAGGAGAAAAUGCCUUGUCUGUUCCACAGAUCACUUAUGAUCACGUUGAUGAACAAGAGCACAAAAAAGAUGUAUCUUUCUACAUUGAUGAACCUAGAGUGAAAGGACGUUUAGAAGGGAGCACCCAAGACAUGUCACGGGCCAACAGUUUCACUGAUGACAUUGACCUUGUAUCGGAAGAGUCUCCCCUGCCAGCUGUAUCUGAUGUGGCACAAUUAACUGAAGCACAUCGAACAGCUGUAAAAGUCAUCAGGAGAAUGCAGUAUUUUGUAGCCAGAAGAAAAUUUCAGCAAGCUCGGAAACCUUACGACGUCCGCGACGUGAUCGAACAGUACUCACAAGGACACCUCAAUAUGAUGGUUCGGAUAAAAGAACUUCAAAGAAGGUUGGACCAAUCCUUGGGAAAGCCAGGUCUUUUCCUCCCAGAAAAAGGGGUAGACAAAGGAUACUAUAGUAUAGGAGCCAGACUGAUCCGGCUAGAGGAUAAGGUCAUGCAGAUGGACCAGAAGCUAGAUGACAUCCUGAACACACUCCAGGCUCAGCUGGGGGAUCAGCCACAGGCACAGAUGCCAGGGCCAGCAACCCCACCUGUCAGACAUCUACAGACAACCUCAGAUUCCCCCCCAGUAAACCGGAAAAUUUGA